CACAUAAAUACACUCCGUAAGCAAAAUACAGACGAAAUAUUUCUUGAAGAAGACUCAAUGAGAGUUAAAUUUUGUCACACACUGUACCCGCCACUUGUUCAAACACUUUGUUCUUCAGAGCAAGGUUACAACAAGUUAAUGCGUGUUCUCGUUUCGCCAGAGUGACGAUCUUCAUCAAGGACCCUGACAUCUCGUUCGACGGUGUCACACAAAUCGUGUCACCGUUCACCGCCAGACUAUGGGAGGUGAUUGGUCUGACGAUGCUGCUCAUCUCUGCCUUGCUUUGUACGCUGUUCUACAACGGCAGUGAAACAACCAAUUACAGACUGUAUAACUCCAUAUUUUACGUGUUUUACAUCUUUUGCCAGCAGUCUGCUGGUAUAUCACCGCGGUCCUGGGCGAGUCGUCUGAUCCAUUUCACUACUCACAUCACAUUUUUGAUUGUGUUCAUCGCGUAUUCUGCCAACUUCAUAUCACAUCUGACAGUUCAAAGGAGCAGACUGCCGUUCAGCGACUUUCAAGGACUUCUUGAUGAUGGAACUUACGGGCUGGGUGUCGUUUAUAACAACGCACAUGAAGAUUACCUCAAGAACUCGAAAGAUCCAGUUAUAAGAGAUGCCUACAGGACAUUGGUCGAGCCAAAGAGAGAGGAGCUCCCACGACAUACACUGGUCGGAUUAAGCCGCUUAUGUGACGAAACUAAGUACAGCUUCUUUUGUUCCAAAAUAACGGCAAGCGGAUCAAUGCAGAAUUUGUCCUGCAAUAUUAUUGAAAUCAAAGAAAUGUCCUACAGGAUAACACUGUCUUUUGUCAUCAAUAAAAAAAGUCCCUACAAGAGAUUCUUCAAUCGUCUUAGCUUAGACCUCAAAAGCACCGGAAUUAUUGACAGAACUAACAAAGCCUUCUGGCCACCAAUCAUGGAAAAAGGAACAAAUGAACAUCACACACUUGUCACCCUCGACAUGGUUUCCAUUGUCUACGUCAUGUGGGCAGCGGGAGUCUCAAUAUCUGUCCUGAUACUGUGUCUCGAAAGGCGACUCCGCGCACGAACUUAACGUACUCCAUGGAGUGGAAUUCUUCAUAAGGUUACAGUCGUUCACCUAGUCAAGAAAAUCCAUAUAUUUUAUGGAUCUCGAAGAUUCAUUACCGGCUCGAGAAGAGCCUGCCACUGGACCCCAUGUUGAGCCAGAUUAAUCCAAUUUACGCACUCAAACACUAUAACUUUGCACAUAUGUGAUACUUUUUCUAAAUCAGAGCUUUUUAAAUGCAACUAUUGUAUAAGACAGCAUAUAAGGAGUGUCCACAAAGACCCGGACGGGCUUGGUAUUGGACUUCGAAAUGAUCUAUUUUUUGCUCUGUGCACACUCCCUAAA